AUGUCUCUUCCCCUGAGCUCCGAGGAUGAGGAUAACUACACCCACAUCAUUGAUGGCAUUCUCGCUACUGCGGACUUGACGACCAUCACUCGAAAGAAGAUCCGUUUGGGUCUGGAGAAAGCUCUUGGCGGGAAGGACUUGACUACUCAAAAGGAUGCCAUCAAGGCGCUGAUAGAAGAGCGUUUCGAUGCAAUCUCUGGUUCCAACGACGCAGCACCCGACUCAUACUCCGCAAGCCCCGCCCCGAAGCGCGAAGCCAACGGCCACGACGAUGAUAUUGAUGGCGAGAUUGAGGUUUCCGUCGCGCCCGUCAGGAAGAGGCAGAAGCGCGAGGACUCCUCUGAAGACGCCGACGCCAAGCUGGCUGCCAAGCUACAAGCCCAGGAAAAUCAAAUGGCGAGAGGGCGGACAACACGCGGCGGCAACGGCGCAAGCAGCAAGGGUAGCAAAGCGGCCAAGAAGAAGGCGCCUCGCAAGAAGAGCGCGAAGAAGAUUGAUGACAGUGACGUCGAGGAUAGCGGCGAACCGCCAAAACGCAAGGCUGGUGGUGGAUUCCAAAAGCCCUUCAACUUGAGCGAGCCGUUGUCAGAGUUGCUUGGCGAACCCCAGCUCUCUCGUCCGCAGGUUGUCAAGAAGCUCUGGGAACACAUCAAGGGCCACGACCUACAGGAUCCGGAAAACAAGAGACAAAUCCUAUGCGACGACAAGAUGCAUGCUAUUUUCAAGCAAUCUAAGGUGGAUAUGUUCCAGAUGAACAAGAUGAUCGGCGCCCACCUUUACCCGGUUGAGGUUGAGGAGCAGUGA